AUUCGUAAUGGCAACUAACUAACGUAGCUUUUGUUUGUAAGGUUUGUUGAUAGCGCCGUAGUUUUUUUUUUCAAUAAUAUAUUUAUAUAUUUUAAUCGAAAGUUGAAAUUGUUUUAUUAAUUUUUUCUAACUAGUAUGAAUUCUGAUGUAAAUCGGAAAGUCAUGGCCAUUCAGGCUAAGAAAAAGCGAUCUAAAGGACCAAAAUCUAAGUUGAAAAGUCGACCAGAAGUCACUGAGUCACGAAAAGCAUCUAAUGUUCGACUAAGUGAUUCAGAAUUGCAUUUUGAAGAUGAAGAGGAUGAAGAAAUUUUAGGUUCAGAUGAUGAUGAGCAGGAAGAUCCUCGUGACUAUUGUAAAGGUGGUUAUCACCCAGUGAAAAUUGGGGAUUUGUUUCAUAGUCGCUAUCAUGUGAUUCGCAAACUUGGAUGGGGUCAUUUUUCUACAGUUUGGCUUUGUUGGGAUUUAGUGGGCAAGCGAUUUGUUGCUUUAAAAGUUGUAAAAAGUGCAUCACAUUAUACUGAAACAGCUCUUGAUGAAAUUAAACUUCUCCGAUCUGUUAGAGAUACAGAUCCGAAUAAUUGCUACAGAGAAAAAGUUGUACAAUUACUUGAUGAUUUUAAAAUAUCGGGUGUGAAUGGAACACAUGUUUGCAUGGUAUUUGAGGUGUUGGGUCAUAAUUUAUUAAAGCUUAUCAUUCGAUCUAACUACCAAGGAAUACCAUUAUCAAAUGUGAAGUUAAUCAUUAGACAGGUGCUUGAAGGUUUAGAUUACUUGCAUCGAUAUUGUAAGAUAAUCCAUACAGAUAUUAAACCUGAAAAUAUCCUAAUAGCUGUAGAUGAAACAUAUGUGAGAAAACUAGCAUAUGAAGCAACUCAGUGGCAAAAAUUGGGUCUCAGGCUUCCUGGUUCUUUAGUGAGUACAGCUCCUAAAGAGUUUAGAGGUCCUAACCCAAAUAUUAAAAUGUCUAAAAAUAAAAAGAAGAAAAUGCGCAAAAAAGCUAAGCGGCAACAAGAGCUAUUGGAAAUGCAAAUGCAACAACUUGAAGAAUUAGAAAUGGAGGAAAAUUUAAACCAGGAAAGACCAGGUGAUUGUGAUAAUGCAGAAGAUGAUUCCGAAACAAUCGACAAUGAGAGAUGCAAUGGCAGCUCAGAUGACAAUUGUGGUGGACAAAGCAUCUGCAUCACUAAAUCAUCAUAUGGGCAUUCACCUAGUACAUCUGUUUCCCCUUCAAAAGAAGAAUAUUGUGAAAAUGUGCCUAGAAUUGGGAGUGUGGAAAGACCAAGACUAUCAGUUUCUGCCGAAGGUCUGUGCAAUGGUCAUGAAGAUAAUGUAGAUGAUUCUUAUUUAUCAUCAAGGGGCAGGCUUGAAAGGUCUGAAAGUACACUUGCUCCUUCUUCUCAUCAAAAAUCUAAAGAGCCGGAAAUAAGAAGAGUUGCUUCUUGUCCUGAAAACGACAAACCGAUGGACCAUAAGCCUGAUCCAGUUCAUGAAGUUUGUGAUAUAUCUGUAAAAAUAGCUGAUUUGGGCAAUGCGUGUUGGGUUCAUCACCAUUUCACAGAAGAUAUUCAAACUAGACAAUAUAGGUGCUUAGAAGUUUUGUUAGGUGCCGGGUAUGGACCACCUGCAGAUAUUUGGAGUACCGCUUGUAUGGCAUUUGAGCUAGCAACUGGUGAUUACCUGUUUGAACCUCAUUCUGGUGAAGAUUACUCCAGAGAUGAAGAUCACUUAGCACAUAUAAUUGAACUUUUAGGUGAUAUACCAAAGUAUAUUUCAUUUUCUGGGAAAUAUUCUCGUGACUUCUUUCGUAAAAACGGUGAACUGCGACAUAUUACAAAACUGAAGCCUUGGGGUCUGUAUGCAGUGCUAGUUGAAAAAUAUGAAUGGGAUGCCGGUGAAGCGCAGGCGUUCACUGACUUUUUACUUCCUAUGUUAGCUUUUGAUCCAGCUGACCGUGCUAAAGCUUCAGACUGCUUAAAGCAUCCGUGGUUAGUUUCAUGACUGAAAAUAAAUUUAAUUUAGCUCCUUUUACCUCUUAAGAAACACCAAGAACUCAUGACAGUCAUGCAUUUUCUUGGAAAUAAAUCCAGCUAAAUCAUUUGUACAUGUUUUGUCAUAGCUCUUCUUAAUUUUUGAAGCAAUAAAAGAAAAAAAAAUCUAGAUCUGGAUGCAUUAAUCUGUCAUCUUAGGUGGUCACAGUUAAAUAAAAUUAACCAACUGUGAAAUGAGCUGCUUGAUCUCUACUAUCAAAGAACUUAUAAGUAGGAGUGAAAAAAAAUGACAUUUACAAGAAUAUUAUCUGCCUUUGCAGUAAUGUUAACUUUUUUACGAUUCUAUUCCCUUUUUUUUUUGUCGUUUGUAAAUGUUAUAUGUUUAUUUAUUCGUUAUUGAAUGAUAAUGUGAUCUUUGUAACAUAUGCAUACUCAUCAAAGUGGGUGUUUACCUUAGCUGAAAAUAUUCUUUUAAUGGAAAAUUUUUUUAAUGUCUUUAUUUAUCAUUAUAUAUUUAACUAAAAAUAUUGCAUUUACAUCCUGACUGCAUGAAUUAAAUUUUUGCUUACUUAUAUUUUAACGUAAUCCUCUAAUAUUAUAGCAAUUAGUGCAUUUGUCUAUGUCAUUUGGAUGAACUAAAAAGUAUUUACAAUAUGAAUUAAUGACGCGAGGCUAUUUAAUCAUAGUGCAAUAGUCAGCAUUGUCUUACAGUAAGGUAAAGUUCAGUUUUUCAAAUCAAGUUUCAACUUAUAAAAUUCAUUAAAAUAAAUGUUUGUGAAAAUAAAUUAAUCAGAUUUUUUGAAAUCGUAAACAAAUCGCUAGUGUGCCUAAAAUCGUUGUGAUAGACAGAAUUUGUUUGUUUGCACUUGUAAGUUUUACAAAAUUCAAGACAUUGAUGAAAAUAGACCAACCACUUCAUAGGUCUCAGUUUCACUAAUGAUUUAACAUCUAGCAUAUGUUAUUGUGCUGGUGUCUGUCUUGAGUAAAAAUGUGCAGAUAUAUUUGUACUAUAUACUGGCAUAACAUUUGAUUUUAAUUUUGUACAAAAUAAAGUUCAUGUAAAUGGAUUUUUCUUUCUGUCAUUAGUUAAAUUUUCCUCCUUUAUAUGUCUUGUCUAAAAUAAUGACAUCUUUGUUAAUUUAAAAGUUGAAAAUUCUCUUUUCUGAUUCCCCGUGACCUGUUGUAAAAAAAAAUAAAUUAAGAGAGUUCUAUUUGUACUCAAGGUUUGUUUAAUAAAGUAAUGUAGCUUUAAAGUAUGAUGUAACAUUGAUUUAGAAUUAUGGAUUCAAUAAAAAGGGGAAUUCAACACUA